UGUUAUUAAUAUUGUUUAUAAUGUCAUAUUAGAUGAAUUGUGAUAGAUAACUAAGCCAUAGAGAUAUUAGCAUCAUAUUGAAGCAUAAUAAACUUGUCUUCCUCUUCCCUCCAUGUCUGUCAUAUACCAACAAGUCGAGUCAGUAAAGGAAGAAGCAAACACGGAUGAAGAAGAAUCAGUCCCUGAAUAUCUUAUGUGUCCUGUAUGUCUGGAUAUGUUGUACAGUCCUCUUGUUGCACAACCUUGUGGACAUAAGUUCUGUGAACCUUGCCUACGACGCCUAGCUCGACCUAACCCUACCUGUACACAGUGUCCUCUUUGCAGGCAGAUCAUUGGCCAGUGCAUGCCCUGUCCAGAGUUAGCAGCCAAGGUACGAGAAAAUUUUUCUGAGUUAUAUACUCAGCGACGUGAAUUUGAAAAUCAACACAACAGCCACCACCUACCUCUGCCUUGGAACAAAAACUUCAGAUGGAGGCAGAUUCAUCAGGAUGGCCGCAGUUGGGUGGAGAGAGCAGGGGGAUGGCGUACAGUAAUGUGUAUUUCAUCAAUAUAUAUCUUGGGUAUUGGAAUUUGGUUGUACUUAGGAAAUUCUGGGAAGUUACCCUAUGAUUAUCAUGUGCUUAUUGCUGGUGGAGUUAUGUAGAAUUGAAUACAAGCUUUAUUUUAAUUCAGACAAAUAUGCUUUGGUUUUUUAACAAAAAUAUGCAGUAUAUUGUCCUUAUUUGUAAAUAAAAUACUCAGAAAUCAUUUUGGGCAUAUUUUAUCUACAGAUUAAGUUUAUUUAUCAGGUUAUAAGUUCUUUAGGGAUUUGAAAGCUGGCAUCUUAGUGUUAUAUGGGAAAAUAUAUGAUACAGUACUUUAUUUGAUUAUAAGGAUACAGUACUUUGUCUGAAGGUAGACUUUGGCAUAGGGUGACAGGGGAUAAUUUUAAAGCCAGUUUUAGCAGGGAAAGUAUUUGUUAUAUGACAUACAAUGUGAUGUUUUGUUUAUUUCUUUGUAUUUAAUAAAGCUCCUCUGAGGUAAA